AUGAUCAUCUUAAACAUGAGACACAUGAAACUGAUACAUACUCUCCAUUACGCAGGGUUUCUAAGCGUAGAUUGUGGAUUCACAAACGAUAGUCCCUACAAGGACAGCACCACGGGACUCCUGUUCCUUCCUGACCUUAAAUUUGUCGAGGGCGGUGUGAGCAACAAUAUUUCAGCAGCAUUCAUGGCUGAUGCCCCAUAUGAGAACCAGAAAACCUUGAGGAGCUUUCCUCAGGGCAAACGGAAUUGCUACACACUGCCAUCGACAAUUGGGAAGAAGUUUUUGUUGAGGGCUAUGUUUACUUAUGGCAACUACGAUGGGUUGAACAGGAGUAUGGACGGGUCACCUUUUCUGUUCGGGCUCCAUAUUGGCGUCAACUUCUGGGAUACGGUGAACUUAACAAAUAUGGAUCCAUCGAUCACGGAUUGGAAGGAGGUACUCACCAUUGCUCCGAGCAACUUCGUAUCCUUCUGUCUGAUAAACUUCGGUUCAGGGACUCCGUUCGUGUCUUCCUUGGAGCUGAGGCCACUGCUAGAUCCGAUGUACCCUUUUGUGAAUACAAGGGUAUCAGUCGGCUAUUUUAGACGGAUCAGAUUUGGCAAUGCCACUGAAUAUAUCACAAGAUAUCCAACGGACCCUUACGACCGGUUUUGGGAGGGCUGGUCUUUCUCCUACAGCUCCUACCCCUGGAUUAGCCCCAGCACUAGCAACAAAGUGGAGAUUCUCCCAGGAGACGACUACUUCAAUGUGCCGAUGGCCAUCUUCCAGAAGGCCACGACCCUAGACGCAAACUACUCCUUCAUGAGCCUCGGCAUGGCAAAGGGUCCUAAUUGGGACCCUGAGAGUGUCCGCCUUCUCCCGAUCUUCCACUUCGCUGAAAUCAAUGGUAGCAACCCGAACAGAAGGUUCGACAUCUACAACGAAGGCGAUUUGCUGCACCGGGGCUUCUCCCCGUCGCUUUUACAGGCCAACAGCUUGCACGACAGCGGGCGGUUCUUGUAUAACGGCAAUGCGUUGUACACCCUGAAUAAGACGCGCAGCUCGAUCCUGCCACCGCUCAUCAAUGCGCUUGAGGUGUACUCGCUCAUUCGGAUGGAAAACUUCACCACUGACUCCGAGGAUGGUAAGAUCGAUCAUCAACGUAGAUAUUGCACGCAUAUCCGCAUAUAA